UUCUUCUUCUUCUUCUUCUUCGUCUUCGUCUUCUUCUUCAUUCACUGCGAUUCAAUUUCCUUCUUUCACUGCUCUCCCUUCACUUCCAAUUCCCUUUCCCUCACUUGGGUUCUCCUUUUUUUCCUUCUUUUUCCGCAUUCCCCUUCUUAAUUCUUCAUCCCCAUUACUUUCUUUUUCAAUUUCCCCACUUGGGUCUCUCUUUUUUAUGCAUUUCCCUUCUAAAUCUUCAUCCCCAAUUCCUUCUCUUCCUCGCCGCGAUCGGUUUUCAUCCUUCUGGGUUAUUUCUAUCGCCUCGUUAAUGAUUGUCAACAGAACAUUAACGCCCUCUUAAUCCCUCGGAUUUUCAGCUCUACUUUCGCAACUAUAUCCUUAAUACUCGCUUUAUCUUCUUCUUCUCCUUCUUCUUCUUCAGUGCCGGUUCUUUCAACUAUGCUACAACGAGCUGGACGAGUUUAAUACGGUGGAUAGAGAUACGGUUUUUUUGAUUUCAUUACGAUCUUUUUCUUUCUUAUUUUUCCUUAUAAUGGGAAGGGUUAAGCUCAAAAUAAAGAAAUUGGAGAGUACCGGUAGCAGGCAAGUGACUUACUCUAAGAGAAGGCAUGGGAUUUUGAAGAAAGCUCGGGAACUUGCUAUACUCUGCGAUAUUGAUAUCCUUCUUCUCAUGUUUUCACCAACUGGAAGGCCCACGCUAUAUCAAGGUGAACGCAGCAACAUUGAGGAGGUCAUUACAAAGUUUUCUCAAUUGACUCCACAGGAGAGGGCAAAAAGGAAACUCGAAAGCCUUGAAGCGCUGAAGAAAACGUUUAAGAAGUUAGACCAUGACGUAAACAUAAAAGAUUUUGUGGGUUCAAGCUCUCAAGAUUCUGAGCAGGAAUUGACCAAUGAAGUUAGCAUAUUGCGAGAUCAGAUUGCUGAUUCACAUAAGAGACUGAGCUAUUGGAGGAAUCUUGAUAAUACCAACAAUAUAGAACAUCUCCAAAAGAUGGAAGAUCUAGCAAGGGAGUCCCUAAAUCAAAUGCGUCUACACAAGGAAAACGUAAGAAGACACCAAAUACUCUCACAAGACUUCACUUGCCAGUAUCCGGGUGGUGGGAUGUCCUUACCUUUGAUGAUGGACGAAAUGCAAGGCACUCAACCCCUCUUAUGGCUUCCCAACUAUUGCAGUCAACAGAUUGCUUUACCAAAUGAGCCUAGCUUUCUGCAACCAGGUGAUGUUGAAUGCUCCAUGGCUACAUCGUUUUCGAGCUUUCCUAGUUUCUUCAACCCUGGGAAGCAACUUGAAGCAGGAAUCUCUGGUCAAGUUGAUAGCAUGCCACAAGGUGAUGGGGGCUUAAAUGAACUAAGUGGAACCUCUUGCUCAACUCUGCAACUUGGUGACCAAUAUCCAUACCCUACGUGUGAUGUUUCCAACUUCCAAGAUGACAAGAAACUGAAUCUUGAGAUGGAGAUGAACUUACAUGCAAAUUGCAUAAAUAAUCAACUAAAUGGCAAGUUGGAGCUCUCUAGAGCUCUAUAUGGUGAUGACCAGCAUCCUUGGGCUUCUAUACCAGGGCCUUGUAGCAUUCCAAUGUAUCAAAGCAAUGCGUACCACCAUCAACCAAAUUGAUUCCUACAAAUUUCACCAGGAAUUGGAGGGGUUACAGAUUGAAGAAUUGUUCAUCUUGAUUGAUGUAGUCAACAUUUUUGUUGCAAUGGCAUCCAUCUCCCAGACGAAAUUGUUUGGUAUAUAUUGGGAUCAGAAUGAUCUUCUGCUCCUCGUUUUGUCGUUAACCGGUAUCCUCGACUUGUAAAUACAAGAUAUACGAGAUCAGAGGUACAUUUUUAGAUUAGAUUUUUGUUUUUUAACCUCCUCAUGAAAGAGCUGUAACAUAUUUGGGUUAUUUGGGUUUUCUGGUUUCCUUAGCUGUACAUUGAGCUAUUGUAAAACAUGGAAGCAAAUUUCUUAUUUUUUAUAUCGAGUUUCGAGAAAUUUAAAGAA